ACAACAUUCUAAUUUCAAUAUAGUAGACCUAUACAUUUUAGUAUUUAUUAUGCAAUAAUCUAAUGUCAUUUUAAGGCCAGCCCUACUAGAAACUCACCCUCCCUCUUUUUAUAGUCAUUUGUUAUGUGUUCAGGAAGUCAUUUACACAUGGUUGGUCCAAUACACCACAAUUCAAACAGCGUCCCAACUGCACACAGCCCAAGCUGCUCGGCUCAUUCUCUCUCUCUCUUACACACACACACACACACACAAAGAAAACAAACCUGUUUGUCUGCCUGUUAGCUACCCGGAAACUGAUCAGAGAGAGAGAGAGGGAAAAAGAGAGGUGAAUGUGUGCAGUUGAGUUCCUGUCCUUAACCAGCAUGAGCGUGAGUGCCUCUUCAAAAUUUAGGACACAGAGAUACAAUCAGACAGACUGAGAGAAAUCACAUAGCUGAGCAAGAGCACAAAAUGUCUGUAUGGGUGGAGUGAUGGUGGGACCUGGAGGCCGGUAGAUCUGAGAGUAAAGCUUUAGUAUUUCAACAAUUUUUGAUGUCAUGGUUUUGGGUUUCCCUUUGCUUGCUUGCAACAUCUUUGUAAUGGAGACAUGGCAAAAAGACACAUGAUUAAAACUUUGCACCUUUUUUCUAUGGAGGACCUUUUUUAUUUUUUGCUGAAUCCAACCUGCAUAGUUUUUUGUCAGGUGUUGCGCAUGUGCUGUUUGGGUAAGUCAGCUUUUCUUGUUCUGUUCGUGAAGAAUCUAUCUUGUGAAACGAAUGUGGCAAUGAUGACAAAUGUCUCAUCACUUCUUCGCACUUCAUCUGACCUGUGGACCUUGACAUGGACAGCACAAAGUUUUUAAACUGUAUUAUUAAAUAAAGUUUUGCAGCGGUAAGAUGACUGUUCAUUUUGAAAUCAUCAUACUUACAGCUGCGUUUGAGCUGUUCUCAUCAUUAUAUCAUCAGCAGUGAUAGCAGGACAAAGAGUUAUUUGGGGAAGUGGUUUUCAUAUAAAUCACGCUACCUAAAAAUAGAUUCCUUUUCUGAGAAUAAUGGAGAUGCAAAUUAACCACUUGUUAUUAUAUCUGGUCGUCUGAUAAGUUAUAGUUUCAGAGGAUUUCAUAUUUUCAUGCUAGCUCUGCUAAAAAUGACGCUUUCCAUAAACUCAACCUAUCAUCAUGUGUUACAUGCAUAAACGAGGAUAUCUGCAUCAACUACACUUUCAUUGUGGGAAGAAAGUGAUUAUUUUCAACACUAUUUUCGAUGACUGUUGAUUCAGACACAUGUGAGAAUCUUAAUUAGUACUCCACGUGUGACACAUUGGAUAUUUCUCAUCUAUCAUGGCAACAGCUAGACGUUCGAGUCAAGCUCCAGACACUUCUCAAUCCGUGUCCCAGUCCCCCACCAGCAGGGACCGUAAACUUCUUGAUAAAGUUCUCAGGAGACUGGACAAACUGCAUAAACUGAGCACCAACCCCAGGUUGGGUCUUAAAAACAGCCCGCCGUACCUUCCCGAACUAGUGUCGGAGACCACCAUCCACCUGACAGAAGUAUGGGCUCCCUACAGGGGCUCCAUGAUGGCUGUGCCACGAGGGGACGAGGGUGAUUAUCUAAGGAUCCAUAUUCGACACCUGCUGGACAAGACAGAUAGAGCUGUGCUGCUGUUCAAGGAUGGCAAGGAGAAGAUGUUUGAAGAGACAUCAAGCUACAGGUUAAAACUAACCAAUCACUCACUUUCAUCCACCCACAUGUUGAAUGAACUACAAACUUUGUUUCCUGGGGGACGAUUUCAGGGUGAUACUUAUAGAAUUACAAAGACAGAGGCCCAAGACUUCUGGAGGAAAGCCUUUGGACACAAAUGUAUAGUGCAGUGGAACAUUUUUAAACAGCAGAUGAGGAGGGUUCAUUACUUUGAAGAGGGAAUGGAGGCCAUGGCUUUGAAGUCCACAGUUGAUCUCACUUGUAACGAUCACAUAUCCAUCUUUGAGUUUGAUAUUUUCACCAGGCUUUUUCAGCCCUGGUCAACUUUGUUAAGAAACUGGAAUCAUUUAGCAGUAACUCACCCAGGAUACAUGGCAUUUCUCACCUACGACCAGGUCAGGGUCCGACUUGAGCACUACAGACAUCGGCCUGGCAGCUACAUCUUUCGUCUCAGUUGCACACAAAUGGGUCAGUGGGCGAUUGGUCAUGUGACCAGUGAUGGCAACAUUGUGCAAACCAUUCCCCAAAAUACACCUCUUUACCAAGCACUCAUACAAGGUUUCAGGGAGGGCUGUUAUUUAUAUCCUGAUGGGCGUGAUGUGAACCCUGACCUCACUAGCCUGUGCAGUCCGACUCACAAGGAUCGAGUCAAAGUCUCAGAGGAGCAAUAUGAAUUAUACUGUGAGAUUGGCAGCACAUUUCAGCUCUGCAAAAUCUGCACAGAACGAGACAAGGACACUCGCAUACAGCCCUGCGGGCAUCUGCUGUGCAAGCCCUGCUUGACUGGCUGGCAGAAGUCAGACGGGCACACGUGCCCCUACUGCCGCUGUGACAUCAGAGGCACAGAGUCCAUCCUCAUUGAGCCCUACCUGCCAGCGAGAGACAGGGGGGCAGGGGGGAAGGAGGAAGAGGAGGAAGAUGAAGAUGAGGAGGAGGAUCAUGAGGAUGUGGAGCUGGUGAUGAAAAAACUGGCUUUUAUGAAAAAGAUAUCACAGGAGGAGUAUCAAGUUCCCCGUUCCAGUCUAUCACCUCCUCCCCUUCCUCCCAAAAGUCAUGCACUUUCCCCGUGUCCAUCUCCCAAACCGCCCUCAAGAUCCUUGAGCAUAGGCAUACAGAAAGUCAAACAUGGUUCCUGGUCAGAAAACAUGCUAAGACAAACGUCCUCAGAUAGAAGUGAGGAACUUUUGGAAGACUUCCGUCCCUCCUCUUUGCCAUAUGUCAGGAACAGUGGGGUGUCCUGGGAAGGGCCUGCAGAAAGUGUAAAAAGGAAGAGGAAAGAGAAAAGAAGGGGCAGUGAGGAAGAAGAGCACGACAGAGGUGUGGCAGAUUCAGAGUCUCCCUCAGGAAGUCACAUUCAUGGGGAGAUAGAAGGAAACACUUCACCCUGACAGGGAAAAUCACCCCAGACUUCAGACUGUAAAGUAUAUUGGCAAGACAAAGCAAUCUUGUGAUAUCUGCAACAGUGGACAACCAAAAUGAUUCAAAGGACUCAAUAGUCACCAGAUUCAGAAUAUACAUGCAUGUAGGAAUAUUAGCUCCAUUGACAGCAGAAAACAAGCAUCUUACUGCUCACAACUUUUUAAUACAUUUUAAAUUCUACAUCAUGCCUACUAAAUUUUUAGAGAACGAGCACUGUGUUUUUACAGACCACAAUAAAUAAAAAAAGUUUAAAUAA